AGAAUUUACGAGAAGUGCCCUUUUAGAGACUACCGAAUUUUCUUACAUUAUUUUAUUUUAAUUUAAUUUUUAAUUUUUAAUUUAUUUUCGUCUAAACCGGUUAGGGUUUUGGUUUGUACAUAUCCAGUAGUACUCAGUACAGUAGCGAUCACUAUCGGUGUGUGGGUCUCUCUCCUCACUCCUCUUUCUCCAUCUCUCUCUCUCUCUCUCUCUCUCAAUUCAAAUUUUGGGCUACUGGGUUUUUGAGCUCAAACUUCAUGAUCACGGUUUAUCACUCUGAUCAUCUUAUACAACAUACUCACUACACUUAGACCAACGAUCUUUUUCUGAUCUCUCUUCCUCAUUGAUAUUUUAUUCACUACUUACUGGACUAAUGGGCACCAUGGAUGUUACUGAAAAGGAAUCAUUGGCUGAUCAAACAAACGAGUAUAAGAAAUGCUGCUCUGAUUGUAGGACCACAAGGACUCCCCUCUGGAGAAGUGGCCCAGCUGGACCCAAGUCACUAUGUAACGCAUGUGGGAUCAGGUACAGGAAGAAAAUGGCAUCUAUGUUGGGAUUGAAAAAAGGAACAGAAAGGAAAAAGGAGAGAAGCCAUAGUACUAAUAAUCAACCCAAUUCUUCUUCUGGUGGAACAACCAUUACUACAAUAACAACAACAACAAGCUCUGUUUCAAACACUACUAAUAAUAAUGUUAAUGGUGAUCAAAACGACAAGGGUAUGACUCAAACGACAUUAAAAGUUCGUUUAAUUGCUUUGGGAAAAGAAGUGUUGACUCACAGGCUGUCUUCUUCUUCUUCUUCUUCACCAUCAGUAGUGAAGAAACAGAGGUGUCGUAGUAAGAGAAAAAAGUUGGGUGAAGAAGAACAAGCUGCUUUUUUGUUAAUGGCUUUGUCUUGUGGCUCUGUUUUUGCCUAAAAAUAGUGCUCUAAUGGUGGUGAUGGGGUAUAAAAAGUAAAGAGGAACACUAAAAAAUACAUGUUUGUUUAAUUUGUUGUGUGUUCUUUUAGAAAAGGUUCACUAUAUUAUAUAAAUAUAUAUUAUACACCCUUAUGUUAAUGUUGUUUUGGGGUGCUUAUCUAAAUGAUAUGAUAUUGUUUUUUUGGGAGUAAAGUUAAUGAAAAGGAAGGGGUCAACCAAAUAGUGUUUUUGUUUUUGAGACUUAGAGAAGGUGACAUACAUUCCUUAU